AUGUCAGCUGACCAGUUCUACGAUCUUAAGCAGAAUGCAAAGGACAUGAACAAGACUCCAUUUGCAAGAAUUCCACGCAAAAUGGAUCGUGUCUGCUUCAUUGUUGUCAAUACAACCUUAAGUUACAGAGAAGGCAAUGGUGUUGCACCAGUUAACCGUGCUGUUCCAAUUGCUCAAACAUUUAAGCAAUAUGGCUAUGAUGUUUAUUUCUUAGCCAACUCUCAUACCCCACUUUUCGUUGAAUAUCUCAAGUUAUUUAUCGGAAGAACAUACGGACACUUCGUUUUUGUUGUUUGCGGACAAGGUGGCGAAGGCGGUCCAGAAACACUCGUUUUCGAUGAUAUGCCAAUGUCUGAUGAAGAAUUUAUCGCAAUUGUUAAUGGAUAUCGUGUUGCUAAUGUUCCAUUGACACUUAUUGGUGAAUUUUCUGGAGAAACUAGCAUCUUCCAUAACCCAGAAGCAUACAAUGAUGGAGCAAUUACUUUCACAAUUACAGGCGAUAUCUCCAAGUACCAAGCAGGAGCCGACUCAUUUGUUAGACAAUUCACAUCAGCCAUUACCGAUAGACAUGAUAUGACAGCUCAGCGUCUUUACGAUUUACUCCGCGUUUUAAUGAAACGCCAAGGCCUCAAUUUAAUUGUAAAGGCUUCACCACCAAUCGAUAUGGAAAAGCCAAUCGCAAUUUGGGAGCCAAGGCAAGAAAUGAACCAACUCAUCGUAUAA